AUGGCGUUAAUACGAUCAAAACUCCGUCUUUCUCGAUCCUUUUCCUUCGUCUCUUCUCUUUUACCCAAACCCUUCACCACCUCUGCUUCGUCCCUACACCAAGACCAUGAAAUCGACGAAUCCGCCGCCGCCGUCGCCGACGUCUCUGUCCCUGUCUCACCUGCGCUAACUCUGGAGGAUACACAGACGGUAGAAAAGCUCCACUCCAUCAUCAAAGAUCACUAUCGGAAAAACCCUACAAACCCCGAAGACACCGUCUUAAACCCUAGCUCCACCCUCCCCGCUCUCUCCCUCGUUUUCUCCCAAAUUUCCGCCGACGCCUCCCGAAUCUCCCCCUCCGUCGUGCGAUGCGUGAUAGAGAAGUGCGGCGGCGUCCGCCACGGGAUCCCUCUCCUCCAGUCUCUAGCUUUCUUCAACUGGGCCACCUCGCGAGACGGGUACGACCAGAGUUCCCCUCACCCGUACAACGAAAUGGUCGAUCUCGCCGGGAAGGUAAGGCAAUUCGACCUAGCUUGGCACUUGAUCGACCUCAUGAAAUCCAGAAACGUCGAGAUCUCGAUCGACACCUUCACGAUUUUGAUCAGGCGUUACGUUAGAGCUGGGUUAGCCUCAGAGGCUGUACAUUGCUUUAACCGCAUGGAAGAUUACGGAUGCGUUCCUGACAAAAUCGCCUUCUCCAUAGUCAUUAGCAUCCUCUCUAGGAAGAGAAGAGCCAACGAAGCUCAGUCGUUUUUCGAUAGCUUGAAAGAUAGAUUCGAGCCUGAUGUUAUAGUCUACACGAAUCUUGUUCGUGGGUGGUGCCGAGCCGGUGAAAUCUCAGAGGCGGAGAGAGUCUUCAAGGAGAUGAAACUUGCAGGGAUCGAGCCGAACGUGUAUACUUACAGCAUCGUGAUCGAUGCCUUGUGUAGAUGCGGGCAAAUCAGCCGCGCGCACGACGUCUUCGCGGAUAUGUUAGAUUCUGGAUGUGCUCCAAACGCCAUUACUUUCAACAAUCUGAUGAGGGUUCAUGUGAAAGCAGGGAGAGCAGAGAAAGUUUUGCAGGUUUAUAACCAGAUGAAGAAGCUUGGAUGCGAGCCCGACACCAUAACUUACAACUUCCUCAUCGAGACUCACUGCAGAGACGAGAAUCUUGAGAGCGCGGUCAAGGUUUUGAACACGAUGAUCAGGAAGAAGUGCGAUGUGAACGCUUCAACUUUCAACACGAUCUUCAGGUGCAUCGAGAAGAAGGGGGACGUGAACGGCGCGCACAGGAUGUAUUCGAAGAUGGUGGAGGCCAAGUGUGAGGCGAACACGGUGACGUAUAAUAUACUGAUGAGGAUGUUUGCGGAGUCGAGGUCUACUGAUAUGGUUUUGAAGAUGAAGAAAGAGAUGGAUGCGAAAGAUGUUGAGCCGAACGUGAACACUUAUAGGCUUUUGGUUACGAUGUUCUGUGGGAUGGGGCACUGGAGUAAUGCUUAUAAGUUGUUUAGAGAGAUGGUUGAAGAGAAGUGUUUGACACCGAGCUUGUCUUUAUAUGAGAUGGUUCUUGCUCAGUUAAGAAAAGCUGGGCAGUUGAAGAAGCAUGAAGAGUUGGUGGAGAAGAUGAUUCAGAAGGGACUCGUUGCUCGGCCAUUGUAG